CAUAACUCUACAUAUCACCCCCACAACGUUAAUACCACUGAGUGACCCAUACCCCCUUCCUCACCCACAAAUCCAAAAAAAUCUUUUGCCCCCAAAAUACUAAAAACAAUUAAAAAGUUUCCAAUGUUAGUUUUUUCUUUUACUAUAUAUAGAGUAGUGAGGACUCCAUAGUGAAGGCACCAAAAUCCAACCACAUCAAUAGCAAUGAAAGGCACACUCUCACUCUCUCCUUUACUCAUUUUCCUUCUCUUCUCCCUAGUCCAAGGGCUCAACCCCAAAUGUGACACCCAAGACCAUGGCUCAACCUUGCAAGUUUUCCAUGUGUUUAGCCCAUGUUCCCCAUUUAGGCCAUCAAAGGCACUUUCAUGGGCAGAGAGUGUCCUCCAACUUCAAGCCAAGGACCAAGCCAGGUUGCAGUUUCUGGCUAGCAUGGUGGCUGGGAGGUCAAUUGUGCCCAUUGCCUCAGGGAGACAGAUUAUACAGAGCCCAACUUAUAUUGUGAGAGCCAAAAUAGGUACUCCUCCUCAAACCUUGCUCAUGGCCAUGGACACUAGUAAUGAUGCUGCUUGGAUUCCUUGCACUGCCUGUGAUGGCUGCACAUCAACCCUCUUUGCUCCUGAAAAGUCCACCACAUUCAAGAAUGUUAGCUGUGGUUCUUCAGUGUGCAACCAGGUACCCAACCCCAGUUGCGGAACCAGCGCGUGCACCUUCAACUUGACCUAUGGUGGCUCCACCAUAGCGGCUAAUGUGGUCCAAGACACGGUUACCCUCGCCACUGACCCUGUUCCUGGCUACACUUUUGGGUGCGUUGCAAAGACCACUGGGUCCUCUGCUCCACCACAGGGUCUGUUGGGCUUGGGCCGAGGCCCAUUGUCGCUGUUGUCCCAGACCCAAAACCUCUACCAGUCCACAUUCUCUUACUGUUUGCCCAGCUUCAAAUCGCUUAACUUCUCUGGGUCACUUAGACUUGGGCCUAUUGCACAGCCCAAAAGGAUCAAGUUUACCCCUCUUCUCAAGAAUCCUAGAAGAUCAUCACUCUAUUAUGUUAACUUGGUUGCAAUCAGGGUUGGCCGGAGAAUCGUCGAUAUUCCUCCGGCGGCUUUGGCCUUCAAUCCGACCACCGGCGCCGGCACCAUCUUUGAUUCCGGAACGGUGUUCACCCGGCUAGUAACACCGGCAUACGUGGCGGUACGCGACGAGUUCCGGCGAAGAGUGGGGGCGAACCUGACGGUGACAUCCCUAGGAGGGUUCGACACAUGCUACAGUGUCCCAAUAGUUGCACCCACCAUAACAUUCCUGUUCUCAGGCAUGAACGUGACGCUGCCACAGGACAACAUUCUCAUACACAGCUCCGCCGGCAGCACCACGUGCUUCGCCAUGGCCGCGGCUCCCGACAACGUCAACUCAGUGCUCAACGUCAUUGCCAACAUGCAGCAACAAAACCACCGUCUUCUCUACGACGUUCCCAACUCCAGGCUCGGCGUCGCUCGCGAGCUUUGCACCUAAAAUAAAUGUUACUGCUUCCUCGGUUUCUCCUGAUUAACGUUGUCGUGACUUUUGGUGACACUAUAUAUGGUCUUGUUACAUCGGUUGUUACAAAGUAUGGCAUUUCUUAGAUUGAUGGAUGAGUUUGGUUUUAGCGUAUUGGUAAUAAGGUUCCAUUGCUAACGAUAUAUAUAUAGUGGAGGAUUUUGGGCUAUUUGUUAUGUGUAUGUGCAUGGAAUUAAAUUCGUACGUGCUUUGAAAGUUAUUCAUUCAUAUUUAUACGUAGUAGGACUAUAGCUUUUGUAAUAUUGCUGUGUGUCACGGGUUUAUAUAACCUGUAGCACUUUAAUUUGUCCUUUUAUUUAAGUUGGUUGAAUUGAUGAGAUUUCAGAAUUUAGAUUAUCGUGCAA